AUGCCGAGUUUAGGAGGUUUACUGAAGAAGAGGCGAACGAAGGAUUCGCAAGAUCUAGGGAAACCAGAUACUCAGAACCAAGACGGUUCAGGCGCAUCCAUGCAACCCGCUUCACACGCCUCGCACGCUUCGCCCAACCAAACGGGUACGGGUAACGACAAUGUCGCCAGUAUCGACAACAUUAUAAACCAGGAGCAGCAGAAGCAGGAGCGUGUUACCAAGGGGAAAUAUUCUCAGGAGGACUUCGAGCUUCAGCGCACCUUGGGAACGGGGAGCUUCGGUCGUGUGCACCUGGUGCAGUCAAACCACAAUCAUCGCUUCUAUGCAAUGAAGGUGUUGAAGAAGGCCCAGGUGGUCAAGAUGAAGCAAAUUGAGCACACAAAUGACGAGCGCCGCAUGUUAAAUCGUGUUCGCCAUCCAUUCCUCGUUACCUUGUGGGGAACGUGGCAGGACUCGCGAAACCUCUAUAUGGUCAUGGACUUUGUGGAGGGAGGUGAAUUGUUCAGUCUCCUGCGCAAGUCACAACGAUUCCCGAACCCGGUGGCCAAAUUCUAUGCCGCGGAGGUCACCCUAGCGCUAGAGUAUUUGCACUCUCACCAGAUCAUUUAUCGUGAUUUGAAGCCAGAAAACCUUUUGCUGGACCGUCAUGGUCAUCUGAAGAUCACAGAUUUUGGAUUUGCUAAAAACGUGCCGGAUAUUACGUGGACACUUUGCGGUACACCGGAUUACCUAGCACCGGAGGUUGUCUCCUCCAAGGGAUACAACAAAUCAGUUGACUGGUGGUCAUUGGGAAUCUUAAUUUUUGAAAUGCUGUGUGGAUUCACCCCAUUCUGGGACAGCGGAUCUCCAGUCAAGAUCUACGAGAAUAUCCUGCGGGGUAGAGUCAAGUAUCCUCCAUACUUGCACACCGACGCGGUUGAUCUACUCUCUCAGCUGAUCACAGCCGACCUCACCAAGCGCCUCGGCAACUUGCACGGUGGCCCGAGUGAUGUCAAGAACCAUGCCUGGUUCGCCGAGGUCACUUGGGACCGACUAGCUCGUAAGGAUAUCGAUGCGCCAUAUAUCCCACCCAUUCGCGGUGGACAAGGCGACGCAAGCCAAUACGACAAGUAUCCGGAAGAGACUGAGCACUAUGGCCAGGAAGGGGACGAUACAUACGGUCACCUUUUCCCCGACUUCUAA